AAUGGAAAAUGCCGCCAGGAAAUAUUGGAUGAUCGUGAUAUUAAUAUAUUGAAGAAGUAUGAUGUCAUUGGUAUGACCGUUACCGGAGCUGCCACUCGAUUACACUUGUUGGGUAAGUGCUUUCUAUGAAUGUAAUUUAGAAUUUUUUAUUUCUUAUUAUUUAAAACUUUAUUUCAUCAGGGUAACACAUGACAUUAAGUAACACUACUGAUAAUUAAAUUAUUUUACAGAUCAAGUUAAGUACGAUCACCAUAACAUCACUACGGUGCGCAAACGCGAAGUUAGGCAUUGCUUUGCUCAGCAGCAUGGAAAUGAAACACGUGUGUAAUAACAUAUACAUAUGUAUGGAGAAAUUCAGUACAUAAAUAAGAUUAGUCCAAGUAAAUUAUGCUUGUGUUUUUUUUAUGUUAAUAACUGCGCAUUUUGAAAAAUUCGUUAACUUGUAAAGUUUCAAUGCACUCAUGCAUUAUUUGAAUCCUAUAUGCUGACUGUUUAGAAUAGAAAGCGAUGAACAGAAAAUCCGAAUAGGUGCAUGCAUUAUGCAAGGCCUAUGAAUUCAGGAAGAGAACGCAAAAACAGGAUGGAAAUAAGUGUGAUAUUUAAUUUCGAUUUUACUUCUUAGCCUUAGUCCGGGGCGAGGGUACUAAUUCCCCCUGCUAUUUACACUCGGGAAAAAGAAAGCUUUAGCCAAGUUCAUAAAGUUCAUUAAUAGGCAGAUUUAAAAAAGACGACGCGAGCUCAAAGACGACGCAGAUGUCGUCAUUUGGCGCCAACUGUCAAGCUUCUGGUUUGCGACGUCGUCUUCAACGAUUUAACGACGUGAAAAUACAAUUUUCAACAAUUUUCACGUCCUCUUUAGAACUCACAGAUUUAUGCUUAAUAAAAAUCAAUUUUUCUGUUUCUAAUGUGUGGCAUGUAUUGUUUAAUCAUUCUGAUUAAAUAUAUUUUAAUGACAAGGUUGUUUUUGUUGUAUUUCACUAAAUUUUGGACGUGUUGAUUUGUCGUCAUAACAAAUCAACAAAACUGCAAUCAUUGUUAAUAACCACUUCAAUACCGCUAGUAUUCUUCACCAAAACAAACAUUAUAGAACAAACUGAACUGAGCUGAAGUUAUAAUAACAAGUGCUUGUUUAAAAUCAGGAACACUUGGGAAGAUGGAAGAAUAAAAGCACUUAAAAGCAGUAAAAACUCAAUCAAUUUUAGUUGCUCUGUCACAAUGGUGCAAAAAAGUAGUACAAGUAAAAAAACGCUUUCCAGCCUGAAAAAAUAUCGUAAACAGUAUUAAAUUGUAUCAAUAUAAACAAUGAUGCAAUAUUUAUACUGAAAGUUUACAAACUUGAUUGAAUAUUUUAUAAACUAAAGCAUUUAGUUCGUAAACAAGACCUGCUGCUUUUGUAUUUGUUCCAAAUGAUGCGACAAAGUUCACAUUUCAAACUACCGAAAUAUAGACCAAUUGCGAAACUUAGUGACCGCGCCUUAAACUGCACGAAAACGAGGCUUAUUAUGCAAAAACAAAUCAUUCUGCUAUAUUUUUAUAUGGCGAAAGAUGAAUUUCAGUGUUUGAGACGCGUUUUUAUGGUAAUCUCUUCAUUUUUAUUGCAUGCCCAUAUAUGGGCAUGCAACUUUCAUACAGCUCUAAAUUUCGUGUCGCGGUGUACGUACGGGCGGUGGUAAAUCACGUGACAGAUCGUAAAAUACGACAAAUACCAAGUUUUCCGACCAUAGUCCGACAAUGUGAAUCAAUAUGCACGUUUUCGUUCACGGCUUUUGUCGAGGAAAGAAAUACUGAUUUUCACUGAAAAUUUACGUAAUUUAGCGCCUUAGAAAAAUAGAUCGAAGUAGGUAAAGCUUUGCUGUUUUUAAUUUACCUUAUAUUGCUUUGUUAUUUGUUGUUAUUUUGCAGCCGUUGUGCUCGCACUGAGUAUUUAUCCCAGGCUUAUAUAUCGUGAAAGGCCACGGCGCUAUGAAAAUGCUCGUUUUUAUAUGCUCAAAUUGAAUUGUGUUCGCACUGAUUAUAUUGUGUACGAAACUACAGAGUACAAUACAUUUUUGUAAUUAACAUGGAAUAUAUUAUGAAACAAAAUUCUUAUUGACAUUUAACACUAUUGAAACUUCAACGAAAUUGUAUUCUACUUCGCCAAUUUCAAUCAUGGUCGAGAUCAUAUAGUUUAAUAAUUAUUUUCAAUCUACUGUGGUAAUUCACCGUUUCCACGGGUUUUUAUGCCUUCAAAAGGCCACGAUAAAGCUAAAUUUGUUUAAAUUUGUAGGAAAUAUUAAACAUUGUUUACUAAUACUUCAUUGACCUUCAUUGGCGCCUAAUUGUUACUACCGUCUUUUGCAACUACCGAUGAACAGUAGUCUCAUAAAAACAUUGCCUAUUCGUGUGAGAAUCCAAGUUUUCUGAUUUUGACAUAAUAGUUAUUUUUCAAUAAAUAUAUUGAUAUUACAGUCAAACCGGAUGUUCUCUUGCGAGCAACAUUGCAAUAUUGUCCCACAAUAUUGCAAUUUUGAUCGACAUAUUCCUCUGAGCAAUUUGCAACCGACGCGAACAAAUUGCAAGUUGAAAUUCACAAACGAUUUGUAAACAAAGCCUCUGCAUGAUUGGACUAUAAGAAAAAGGGAAGCCAAUCAAAUAGUCUGAGAGACUGGAUUGGUGCUUCCCUCUUUCUUAUAGUCCAAUCAGAGGCUUCGUUUUCAAAUCGUUUGUGAAUUUCAACUUGAAAUGUGUUCGCGUCGGUUGCCAAUUGCUCAGAGCAAUCUGCCUAUCAAAAUUGCAAUAUUGUGGGGCAAUAUUGCAAUUUUGCUCGCAAGAGAACAUCCGGUUGGACUGUAAACUUAUUGAAUCAAUAUUUUAAGUUUCAUGCCAGUUGUACCAAAAUUUAUAGGCGCAUGCGCACAAGAAAUGUGGAUUUUCAUGCAGUGCAUAAUGUCGUGUGAUCGACAUUUUGCAAUCACUUUCUUUUGAAAUACAAGCAAUCAAACGCAACGGAUCAGGUUGACUGAACGCAUUUCAGAAGAAAGUGAUUACAAAAACUUGAUCUCGCGAUAUUUUGCACUAAAUGGGAAUCGGCCUUAAUAGGUCGUGGGCCGUUGGCCAAAAUUAUGUCGCUUCGUGGCAACCCCCUGAGGAAUAUAUUUUCUGUAGUUCAAUGCAUGGUAAUAUAGAUGCUCUACCACAAAAAGUUUCCAAGCAAAAAAGUUGCCAAAAACCGACAGCAAGAAAAUGUGAAAUUUUGUAUUCAAUUACAACAAAAAUGACUUGCAUCAACCGAAAUCUUACAAAAAACUGCAUAUAUGACUUUUAAACAGUUUUUGAUCCUUCAAAUAGUCUUUGAGUUAUUGCUGUUUUAAAUAUGAAAACUGGACCAGAAUGUUGCAAUAAGAAAUGGUUAUACUAGAUCAAAAAUGCGUGUUUGAUAGCGUAUAACUCGAAUACAAUUUGAGAUAUAUAAAAACUGUUUAAAUGUCUUAAUGUAGGUUUUUGUAAGCUUUCUGAUGAUGCUAGUUAUUUUUCAUGUAAUUGAAUAUAAAAUUUCACAUUUUCUUGCUGUAAUACAAUUUAAUAGAGAAUAACAUGAUCGCCCAUUUUCUUGGGGUUUGGCAGUUUUUUUGCUUGGGAACGUUUUGUGGUAAUUGAGCAUAUAUGGUACUAUGCAUUGAACCACAGAAAAUCUAUUUUCUAGGGGAUUGCCACAAAAUUGCUUUUCUAAGCACUUUUUCGCACAAUGGCCCACGACCUAUAAGGUUUUGGAGGCAUGCAACAUGUACGCACUGCGUACCUAUUUUUUUUCAAUAUUUUUGUUUUGACUAUGUAAAUCUUCAUUACACUUGUUCAUAGAUUUACACCCGUAUUCUAAAAUCUCACUCACACUCAAUGAGUGGAGGUUCAAUCUGAGGUUUUCUUGAGUCUCAAUGCUGCUUUUGAAUAGCUGAAAGGUGAGUAGUCACAUAGUAAGGUACGACACUAACUCUCCAGCUUUUCAAAAACAGCAUUGACAAUCAAGAGAAGCUCAGAUUGAACCUCCACUCAUUGAGUGUGAGUGUGAGUGUGCUUUUAGAAUACGGGCGUUAGUCAUACUUCAAAUUUCAUUGUUUUUUGCGGCGUGCGAGGCAAAGUUUUGCUGUUUUUCGCCGUCCGAUAAAAGAAGCAGAUUAUACCAUUAUUGGUCUAUACGGCUUUUUUCCGAAAAAAGUUUAUUGAAUGUUCACACAAAGUCUUCAGGAAACAUUUGGCUAGUAAUGCGGUAUGUAGCCUUUUCUUGCACAUAUUUUGACGAAUGAUUGAAAACAAUACAGUAAUGAGCAGGUAACAAGAAAACAAAAUUUACUUCGAAAAAGACAAACUGCCGCCACAGAUUAAAACCAGGAAGUGAACACGAGUGCAUACGUCAUUUUCACGUCGUCUUAUACGUCGCGUCGUGUUUUCUAAAACUAUCUAAUAAUCGAGGGCGCGUGACUUUGCAUAGUUCAUGAGUGGACCUCCCACUGAUCUUAAAAAUAUGGCUGUUUGGAAGGAGUACGUUAAGCAAGAUUUCAAUUUUCAGUAACUUACAUUUGGAAAUUUUUUCAUACAAUGAGCUUUGAAGCAAUUUUUGGUUGAAAAAAUAAGAAGAAUUGAUAUACUGUGGAAAAUCAUGUAAUAAAGGCUUAAAAUAUUAAAGCAACAAAAAAUAAAAUUUACAAACAACAAACAUAUGCACUGCUUUCCUUCCCCAUGAAGCUAUAAAUUUCCUAAAUUACACUCACUUUUUAAUUUAUUAAUUAAAAUGAAAUUGAGAGCAAAUUAAUUUGAAGAUCGAACUUGAAAUUACGCAACAAUUUGAUCUUAUUUUGUUGUAGGGUCAGUAAAAACAGUUUAUCGGCAACAGCAAUUUCAACUUUUAAUAGUUGAAUGAACAUUUCAUACGAUUCAGGUUAAAUUUUGCAUUAAAAAGCAAAAUAACAUCAAAAUGCAAAAUAACCUACCUACAGUACAUAUUUCGGAAAUUAAUUGUUGUAUAGUUAAAAGUAGUAAUCUUUCAAUUGUUUUGGUGUUUUGUUCAAAAACUAUGAUAAAAAUAAAAAAUUGUUGGCCAAUUGCUUAUGCAUAUUUUCUUGCUCAAUCCAAGCUCAAUCCAUAGAUUCUAUUGCUGUCGCAUGCACCUAUUUGGAUUGCCAUUUAUCCUUUUCCGGUCAUAAUCAUGAUUUGUAUUAAAGAUUAUGCUUAACUAUUUUAGAUCAGCUUAAACCAUGCGCUGUGAUCGUUGAAGAAGCUGCAGAAAUAAUCGAGGGUCAGUUAGUUUCAGUCCUCCCACCCACUAUACAGCACUUGGUAAUGUUAGGAGAUCAAGAGCAACUUAAACCUCGUGUAGAUUGUUACAAAUUGGCAAUAGAAAAAAAUCUUGACUGUUCUAUGUUUGAACGAUUGAUAAAUAACAAGAUGCCGUUUAAACAGCUUGGACAACAAUGUCGAAUGCGAGAUGAUAUUGCCGAUGUUCUUCGGUCACUAAACAUAUACAAGGAUUUAAAGACAAACAAUGAGGUAGGACGCAUUUUCCUUCAAAUUUGUUGUAAGUUUUCAAAAACGUAACUUAAAAUAUUGACUAUGAUCCAAACAACUUGCAUUCGUCAACAAUUACAUCCAUUACAUCCAUUUAUUAAAAUGUAAGUAUAUUUUCCUCAGGGUGACAAUUUGGUAAAGAGUAAAUAAAGAAAAGAAGCAUACUCCAUAGUUAAUUAAGCUAAUACACUGUAUUAUUUCGGUGUUAUUACAAAGCAGUUAUAGCAAUGCAGAAUUGUACUUAUGAAUGGUAGGAAUGGCCUUUAUUUCUAGAAAUAUAACCGUUAAACCUGAAUAUCACCGUAUUUAAGAAUUCACUCUGAUUUUUCCUUUUUGCAUUAUCUACAAUCAUGGCAAAAAUUCUGUGACCUCUUAGCUGUAAACUAAAUUGUUUCUGUUCAUAUACAUAUACUAGCAUCUUUGCAUAUAUGCCCCCUUCCCUGUUUAAUGUUGGUUUUGACAUUGUAUUUCACAAAGAUUUAACCUAACCAAUUUUUAAGCUUUCAACAUUGAACUGGGUUAAGGCAAUUUGGAAAUGGCUAUUUUUGCAAGGAUAUGAUUGGGCAAGGAAGGAAUUUUUAUUUAUGCACGCGCUAUACACAAUAAUUUUGCGGGAUUGUAUGUAGCUUAGUUGUAAUCUUAUACCAAAUUUCGGGGCACACGUACCAGACCAUGACCGCGUAGCCUUAUGGGUUAAUCCGCCCCAUGUAAUUUUCUAUAUUUUUCUUACAAAAGAAAACCUGCAAUAAUGAACCACCUGACUGCAUUGGACGUAGCCUUUAUUUCGUCAAACACACUGCACCUGAAGCACGGAUGACAGGAUCAAGUAGCUUGUGUAACCACAAAGAAAUUCGCCUGAUCUUGGACGUCGCCGUGUACUUGAUAAAGAACGGAUAUCCUCCAGUUGACGUGACAGUGCUUUGCCCUUACCGUGGACAGGUAUUUAUUUGUUUAAGCAAUUUAGCAGACGAUCUGUUGUGCAUUUUUGGAUGUUUGCACCCUAGUAUACUAUUUAAUUGUAUAGGUCAUUUCUACCAUGCCUACAAUACAUGUAGCAAUUCCCUGGAAUUGAUUAAUUAUUAUUUUCUUCGAUCAUGACGCCAAAAAUUGUUCACAAAAUACAUAUUUUGAAAUAUUCAAAUUUAUUCAUCAUGCACAUUCACUUUUCCAACAACCUGCGCUACAACUGCGGUAGACUAGGGGUAACCACAGGUUAAAGUGCGACCAUUGUAUAAUACUGCAGUACUGUAUAACAAAGCACAAUGACCUUACUUUGACUUUGUCUUGUUUAAUGUAAUCCCCGAGUUAAUCCGGGGCGAGGUUAUUAAUUCCGCCCGGCUAUUUACACCCGGGGAAAGGACGCACUAACGAACAUAGAGAUUAUAAAUAACACUAGAGGAGGCAUCGAGUUUCAAAAUCGGGAACGCAGCUAAUGGGGGCAAAUUCAAGUCCCGGAUAUAAAAUCGAGCUCUCAUUGGCUGAUUUGAAACUCGUCACUAAUGGGAACAUGAAUACACAUCCGGGACUUGAAUUUGCCCCCCCCCCCAAAAGCCGCGUUCCCUUUUUUUUACUGAAUUAAGAUUACAAUGCCUGCUCUAGUGUUAUUUAUAAUCCCUAUGCUAACGAAGCCUAAAGUUCAUCAAAUAUGGUGGGCACAUGGCUAUGAUCCAAGGGUGGACCUCCUCACUGAUCUCAAAAAUAUGACUGCUUGCCUGGAGUGGGAUAAGCACACUGAGGAUAUUAAAGCAGAAUUUCAAUUUUCAAAAGCAUAUAAUUAUUUAGAAAAUCACAUUUCACACAAUUGUAUCAAUCACCCUAUGUCCUUGCGAUAAUUUCAGUGAUUUCUAUUUGGUUGGAAUAUAAUUCACUAACGCCGUACACAAAUGCAUGUACGCUUAGCAUACCUAUAUUUAUUGCAAAGGCUAACCACAUGUACGCAGGCGUACCUAUUUUUUGUAUAGCCAAACACAUCACUUCAUGUGACUGCUAAUUAUAACUAACCAAUCAUGUGCUUGGUACAAAUUUUGUACCAGAGGUUCUCUUCGCCUCGCGUAAAUUAAAUAAGAGCGGGAAUAAGGGGGAAGAUACGAGAACCUCUGGCAACCAGGGUACAGAUUUCCCAAUCCGAGUGCCAAAAACUGCCCCAAGUUUGCCCCACUUAGAUAUGCCUAAUUAUUGCGUCUUCAAACUGAAUUAUUUGCAACUUACUGUAACUGACAGCGAAUUUAAACCGAUACAGGUAAAAGAAACUCAUUUAUAGUAUAAACUUACUAUUUUUAUUUGUGUACACAUCUAGAAAAUCGGGGUUUUUUUAUCAUAAAGUUUGAAACAACACUAUUAAUGUUGACAAGGUGUAGCGGAAGCACAAAAUGAGUCAAAAUAUAUACCAGACGUAGAAUCUUUCCUGAAGUUUUGUCUUAUACAUAACUAUAUAUUAAUAUAUAUUUUCUCAAUUUUGGCAAGAAUCAACCUUGUGUUUGUGAAAUAUACGCAUAUACAAUUAUUAAAUACUGAAAACGGAUACAUAUAUUAUUAGCCCAUACAGUGUAUAAAACGUACAUUGUUUACAAAUGGUAUAUCCAUAAUAUUUGAACAAUAGUGUCAAAAUCCUCAUUCCCGAUCCGUAAAUAAUUGUUCAAAGCAAAACAGUAGAUUGUCUUGCGAUUAAAAUAAUUAUUUCGAGAAUCGAGUAUAAUAUUUCAUUGACAAAAUUGUUGGAACUUUAGAGAUGUUUAAUACAAUUUAACGCGACAUUUAUAAACUAAUUUAAUCAAUAGGUUAGUUUAGUCAUAGCAUGUUUUUAUAGGUAAUGUAAUAACUACUGGACGGUAUAAAUUGCUUUAGUUGUUGGUCUCUGAUCAAGAAGUUAUGGGGCUAAUUUGAGAACUUGUGAAAUCGACUAGGCCUUUACGAGAUAAAUGGCCAUUGCGAUAAUUACCAAAUGCUAGCCCGGAAUUGACCAAACCUGCCAAAGAUACCUGCUAAAAUCAGCGAGUAAAGGCCUAGGCUAGGCUGACAAAAUUCAUAAAAUUUCAAAGCAAACUUGUCAAACAAUUCUUCUCAUUUCUUCAAACAAAAACUGCUCAAAACUCGUGUAUGAAACGAUUUUCCAAAUAUAUGUCUUUGAAAAUUGAAAUCGUCUUAAUCCCACUUCUGGCAAGCAGCCAGGAGGUCCAUUCAUAAACUAUGAACCUUGACACCUCUUUAGACAUCGCUAAUGCUUUCCUUUCCCCUGGUGUAAAUAUCCGGGCGAAAUUAGUACUCUCGCACCGGCCUUAUGCUCGGAAUGGCGCUCCGCGCCGUUGGCUCGGGGAUAAAUAUGUGGCCGACAUAUUCAAAUCACACUUGAAAAAAGAAGUGUUUACCAAUAACCGAUCCACUAUUUGUGCUGAACAACGACAUCCGCCAUCUUCACCAAUGAAGUACAUAAAUUUGUACUCAAAGAUAUGUGUCCUAUGGAUGUGGGAAAACUAAUUUAAUUUAAUUACACAUCUUUACCCUCGUUUUAAAAUAUCAUUGCUUCCCUAUAUACCGUGUUAACUUAAACCUAACAUACAUACGUUUUCUUAAUUUUAGGUCGAUAAAAUGAAGUUUGCCUUUAAAAUAAAAUCGUCAGAUCCAAGUGAAGAGUAUUUUAUCAAGUUGAGAGACAUCAAUAUUACAACUGUGGAUAGUUUUCAGGCAAGUAGAAUUUAAGAAUGUUCUGUGUAAAUUGAUACAGAAGAAUUAGCCUUACUCACGCCAUGCGCUAAUAAGCCUUGCUUGCUGUAUUCGGAUGGUGAACCGCACGGGGAAAAUAGACGGCAACAAGUGAAAAAAGAAUUUUGUGAAACACACAUCUAUUGCUUAUAUGUAUGUACUAUUUAAUUCAUGGAGUACAAUUUGGUCUGAAAUCACACUCUUGAUUACAAACAAUCGCAUGACCGCGAAGCAGCUGAAGUCGGAUUUUGGCGAUUUGUGAUUUCCAUUAUAUUAUAUUUAUUUUGAAAUCUUAAACAUUUUUGAAAACCAGAAAUUCUAUUUUUGUUUACAAAAGACUCCUCCCUGUGAUGCAGUAUGCCGUAGCGUAGCAACACAUGAAUAAGAUAUCAAGUUCAUUUGAAGUUUAGUAAAAUCCUAUAACAAAUUGUACAAAAUAUUCACGAAAUUUACGGAUAUUAUAUAAAUUAUGAUAGGUUCUAUUAUAUGAUAGGUUCUAUUGUAAGUAACUUGACGGAGUUUUGUGUGGUUUUGUGUAUUCAAGUUAACGUACAGUAUGAAUUUAAUACCUUGUUUUGCUUGUCGAUUUAAAGCUGAUUUUCAUGUUUUGUUGACAUUUUCACCAUGUUUUACAAUUUUUGCCCCUGCCCAAUAUUUCUAUCAUUAUUUGUGAAAUUUUUUUCCAAUUUUACCUAUUGAACUAUUGCAAACCUAGAAUUAUUAUUUAUUCGAGGAAUUUGUCAAAUCUUAUUUUUUCUUAAAAUUUAUUGGCUAGUUGAAUUGUAUACUUUGAUUUGAUUGGUUGAUUUGGAAGGUCAGCACUUGUUUAUGAUUGCGUGGUUGAAAAAUGAAGCGAUGCGAUACUCAAGCUGAUGCGAGCAAUUUGGAAGUUGCACUGAUAUGAUUGCAUGCGUUUGUGCUGAAAUCGCACUGCUAAGAGCCUAACAGGUUCCUUGAAACAUCGUUGAUUUCAAACUUAAUGUAAUGAAGAAGAAAAUGUUUCUAUAUUAUGAAUAACUGUUUGCCAUGGAAUUUAUCUGAAACAACGUAAUGUACAGUCCGUCAUCAAAGUCAUCAGGAAGAAUGGACUACAUUAUCUAUACAGUAUAAUAUAUAUAGGAUAUUAGACGGUUGCGAAGAGAUAUGGAUUUUAUGUUCGAGUGGCAAAAACAAUAUCUCACGAGUGAGCGCAGCGAACGAGUGAGAUAUUGUUUUUGACACGAGAACAUAAAUCCAUAUCUUCUCGCAACCGUUUAAUGUUCUGUUUAUUAUAUGGACUUACUCAGAGUGACAAAAAGACACACAAAGACGACAUGUAAAUAAGCACGCGAAAGACUAGUAUAAAAGCGAUAUUUUUUAAAAUUAUAUAGUGCAAACAUAAAACUAGAAUAAAUUUUACUUAUCUCAAGAUGUCUUUUAAAUGUUUUCGUUUUAUUUCCAACGUUAAUUUCGUUUUAUAUACGAACCAAAGACCAUUUGUAUUUUCAAAACAACAACAAUGAUAAUGGCGGGAAAUUUUCAGAACUUCGUAUGUCACUAGCAGGGGUGAAAUACGGAAAAUACGCGCACCUGGCCCCGGAUGUAGUGACGUAUGAGUUCUACGAGUGUUUUAGUUUCCAGUAAAACACCAUUGUCCAUAUAAUAAAUGGCAUUACACGUGAACACCCGCUCUUAGGAAAUACCAGAGUCAGUGGCGGAGCCAGGCCUCAAAAUGGGGGUUUGAGGGCAAACUCCUUUUUUUUGGGGGGGGGCGGGGGGAAGAUAGAAUUUUUAAAAAGGUACUGCUAUUUGCCCAUGCCGUUGUCACAGGACUUUUGCCUCCACCCCUCUUAAAAGGGGGGCGAAAAUUCCUAGGAAUAUCGCCACCCAUAUAUGCGAUGUGGUUUAUUCAAAUAAUUUCGUGAUACUUGCAUCCUAUUAGUGCCUUAACGUUUGAGAAUUUAACUCUGCAAAACUAAAGCUUUUUUGUCUUUGUUUUAAACGUAUUAUUGGAGUAUUGGCAAGUUUUAGCAUUCAGAGAUUUACAAACUAAUAUUGAAACUGUAAAAAACAGUUUCAUAUAUACGCGCAUUCAGUAAUGACAACUUAUAAGCCAUACAUUGUCCGAUAACGACAAAACGCUUGUGUACCCUUUAGUCGCUCUCAGUGAUAAUAAUUUUGGGGAGGAUGGGGGCAGAAAUGGUGUUGGGGAUUUUUUGCCGUAUAUUGUUUUUAUAUGUUUUUGAGAUUUGAUUCACAUGAGAACCGAGCUGGUCCAGUUAAUUUGCCAGGCUCCCGUUUGAGCGAGGCGAGAUCUUGCCUUCCCUGGCUCAUAUGAACACACUUAGCGGGCCAGCCUUGCCAACCGGGCUGGUAAUUGUGUCACAACGCAUGCUUUAUUCUAUCUAAAAAACGUAUAAGGAUUUUAAAAAUUAAGAAAUAUUAAAACUUCUGAAGCAGUCUCCAUAAAUAUAAAAAUAGCAUUUUUCAAAAUUAAAACAAAUAUCGCUUUCCCACCAAGAAUCGUUUGGGAAUUUCUUAUAGCGCUUGCCAAGCUAGCCCGCCUCAUGUAAAACAAAUAGCAAAUUGGCCCAUAUGGCUCAUAUGAACAAGCCCUGGAUGGUCACCUUAGUUUGGCCAGUUUGUCAUUUUUUUUUCAUUUAAAGCACUAAAAGAAAACUAUUUGUUCCUGUUGAUUCUUACCUUAAACAACACCAGUUUGUCAACUCAAUCUAGAAAUCCCUGUUUGUUGAGAACAAUACUUGGAGCCAGGUUAUAGCCCGGCGCCAAUAUUAAUCUGAAAAUAUAUGAAGGGAACAUUUCAGGCAUUGUCUCAGCGCAGCUGCGCUAAUACAUCUUCCGCCCUUUACAAACAUGUUACACAACUGAAGCUCAUUAACCCCAUUAAAGAGCUUGCACCACUCUCUUCUUGAAGUGUGAAAUUGUCUGGCAUUAGGCAAAGUAACACAACAGUAUAGGGAUGCAGUUGGGCACAUUGGAAGCUUUACAAUGGUUUAAGAUGAACACUCUGAAAAUAUCACUUUCAAUGCUGUAUAAAUUAUUCUGUAAUUCUAAUCCUUAGGGACGGUCAUUAAUAAUGGGGGGCGGGCGGCGGUGGGUGAUAAAUUCCAAAUAUCGAUUUUUUUUAAAGCCCGAUCGCAAGACCUUUAUUCCCCCCCCCCCUCCACUCCAACAUUUAAUUCGUUACAUUUUUAGUGUAAAAUGAGUAAUGGGUCAAGUACUGGUGUAAGACAUUGUGUAGCCUAAAUAAUUAGAGGACCAGUAUUCACAACGGUUGUUUUUUACUCCGACUCUUAUGGUGAACUGCAUAAACGUAACAAAUUAUCGAAACUAUGAUUAUAGAAACUAAAAAAUGUGAAAUAUUUUGUGCGAUACGAUAAAGGUGAGAGAUUGAAAAUGAGUGGGAAAGUAUUAAGAAAUUGGGGUUGUGCCUUGUCAUAUAUUUUUCAGUUUGAGAUCGCCCGCAAUACAGGCAAAAAUAGUUGAAGCCGCCACCCUUUUCUCCCCCCCCCCCUCACAUUAUUAAUGACCGGUCCCUUAUUCAUGUAUUAAAAUGCUAACAUAUCUUUAAAGGCAUUCGAAUGUUUAACAUAUUAUUUCAUAUCGUUAUGUUUAUAUAUUAUACCCUUGACAAAGGUCUAGUAGAGCGCCAAAUUUAAUAUGCCAAGGACAAUUAUUGCUAAAUUGUUAAUAAUAGUGCAUUGGUGCGUAAUUAAUACAGAAUUUACUAUAAUGGAUUAAUCGAAUUGGUAUUUUAUUAUUUCUUUCCUUGCCAGAAACGAACGUUUCGUAUUUUUUUCGCAAAUUGAACGCGGCAAAUUCAAACAGUCAACGGAAUUUUGGACACAUGGGCCAUGGCUCAAGACUCAAGUAAACAAUCACAUAUUAUUCACUACAUUCCUUCGCAAUUAAAGUGCUUAACAAUAACAAGUCAAAAUAAAAAUAUUCUUCCCUGUGAGAUCUGAAUAACAUUUUUUAAUACCUUUCCGAUGCCUUUUCCAUCGUUUGGGUUUGAAAUUUUCAUAAGUUAAUUGUAAAUAUCAACUGGAAUUCAGUUAACACAAAAAAAUUGGAAACGACGCUAUCCCGUGAACCAUCGCGCUCUGACACGUAAACUAGGCACCAGGCGCCCAGACAAUGCGCGAACUAUUGCUGCUUAUUGCUGCUUCUUAUCAUGUCUGUCAUAUAGUUGCUGACAAAUAUUACUAAUAUUUACAAAUAUUUUCAUUCAGUUACUGACUGUUAAUUUUAUCUGUAAUAGAUUAUCGAAAAAUCAUGAAAAUUCGCUGCAAUAUUCAAUAAAACAUGAAAAGAACUCAAACUUUCGGAUGUAAAUUAGAAUGUAUAGUAUGGUAUCAGGAGCGACGAAAAGUGGAGGCAAGAUCUCCUUCCCUGCAGGAGGGGGACAAAUGUAGCAUUUUAAAGUGGAGGUCAAGUCCGUUCUGCGCAGCGGUUCUGCUCAUAUGUAAACAUUGCCCAAAUUUCGCUUGAAUGUAACAUUGCCCAAAUUUCGAAUGUUUCGAAUUUUCAGAAUACAUAACUCUAUUUCAUAUUCAUUUAGAAGCAUAGCGAACCAAAAUGGUGUUAGAUAUUCAGACAGUGCAUCAUAUUUUUAAAAAAUACAGCAGUUCAAAAUGUAAACAAACCGUUUGUUUACAUACGGACUUGACUUCCACCUUAAUAUAAAUAAAACACAAUAUUUUCUCCCAAAUUUACUUUAAUAAAUUAAAUAACAAAGAUAAAUAUAAUAAAGGAGAAUUGUUAUGUUGAAUCUUGAUGACAUCAGUCACGAACGCAAUUAAUUUCGAGUAGCGAAUUCUCUCCAGAAUAUGCAAAAAUGCAUAUACAGAUUAUUCUAAAUAUAAGUGUUAUACAGUUAAAAUGAAUCUACUAAACCUUUAUAGAAUCUAAAUCCAGGAUGACAUUUGACAUCUGUCACAUGUCGGUUGAAAUAAUAUCGAGGAAACAUAUUUCUUAGUUUAAGAAACGAUUUCGCCGAGAAAAAAGAUAUAUAGAAUGCCAUUCCUAGUUCCUGAAAUUUUAACAAAUUUUAAAUUUCUUUCUUCAAGAAAAUGUAAGAAAUCAUUUCUUAUUAACCAUUAUUUCUUAUGUUAAGAAUUUGAUUUCUUGUUUUUUAAGAAACUUUCUUAAAACAAGAAAAUCAUACUUUUUUAAGAAAAUUAUUUGAUAUGAAGAUGAAGAAUAUUGUCAUAUCUUGCUUAGUUAUCUCACUAACUAUGGUUUUGAUGACGUUGGAUGUUGGGUUAACCAUCUAAAACUACUCUAAAAUGAUAGAGUAUAAUAACAAUCCAAAAUUGUUUGCAAUGUUUUUGAUCAUUUCUAAAUUUCAGACCGUAACCAGAAACAAAGUUGUGGAACCAUAUUGACUGCGUACUCUCAAGAGAAAAAAUGCAUAUGCAUAUGCUCGAUAAUUGAAGAUGGCGAAUAGCUCAAUUAAAAUCUGUAAUAGAGUGUAAUAUAUAGUUUUAAGAGUUCUUUCAAAUGAACUAAACUAAUUUUUUAUUGCCAAUGUCAUUUAAUUAAAGUUUAUGUUAUUUAAAUGAACAUGUUUUAGGGAGAAGAAAGCAACGUGAUACUGCUGUCACUGGUUCGCAGCAAUCGAGAUGAAAAGAUCGGUUUCUUUGGACGUAGAAACCGGAUAUGCGUCGCAAUUUCAAGAGCUCGAUGUGCGUUAUAUAUAUUUGGAAAUGGCAGUGUUUAUUCUUCUUCACAAAAUUGGAAGGUCAGGCUUAUAUCAUUUUCUUUCUAGAUUAAGUAAUUUUUUAAACUAACAUGCAGUGCAGUGCUAAAGGGCCGGUUAUUCGAAAGCCAGUUAGCUUAAUUCUGGGUUAACUAUCAACGUCAAAGCAAACUUUCUCAAAAUUGUUUAUAAACUUAAAAAUAAAAUAUUUUCUUACUAGAACAAUGGAAGUUUGUUUUUUGAAGUUUGAAAUGAACAUAAGGGGUGGUGACUAAAAAAGUGGACAAAGUUCACGUAUGGUUAAUUUGCAUAAUAGCAAAACAAAGGCUUGGCCAAGAGUCUGGAUUGAAGGCCUGGUCACCCAACUAAAAAUGUUAACAGUAGUGAUAUUUCAGGUAUAUCACAUAGAUUAUGGAUGGUUUGACUUUAAAACAGAGAAAAAAAUUGAUUGUAAAUUUCUACAAAGUUCAUGGUGAUGAAGGGCGUUGCUUACACUGUUAAACAUUUUUCAAAAUAAUGGGUACCCUAACAACCAGAAGCACGUUGUACAAAAUUUUAAACAGCUUUCAGGAAAGGAACACGAUCAGGAAAGGAACACAACAGAAAGGAAGGUUGGAAUUGAUAGAAAUUGACACCUCAGAAGACCAAGAGGCUGGUGAAAGCUGCAACGGACAAAAAUGGUGUCUCCCAAGCAAAGCUGGCUCGAAAAUUUGGCAUACAUAAGUCUUAUCUACAGAAAGUGCUUAAGAAGGAAGGGUGCAAAAGCUACAAGAAGCAAAAAGUUCCUGACUGGUCUGAAGAGAAAGAAUCAAGGCAGAAAAGAUGCUGCAGAAAAUUGACAAAAACGUAGAUGAAACUAUCGUCCAGUUUGAAAGUGGUCAUGGAUGACGAGUUGUAUUUUACAUUUGGUCAUGAUGAGGUGCCUGGAAAUGACAGAUUUUAUACUAAAGAUAAUUAUCAAGUUCCCACAAAUGUUAAGUAUUCGCAGAAGAAGUUUGAGCCAAAACUGCUUGUUUGGGUGGCCAUCGGUGAGGAGGGCCACAUUGAGCCAUUCUUUGUGGGGCAACGUGAAAGGAAAUGUUUACCGAGGUGUGUAUCUUGCGCCGUUUAGUGCCAUUCCUGCAACAGUAUCAUGCAGACGUCAGACGACGAUUAUGUGUUUUGGCCCGAUCUAGCAUCGUCACAUUAUGUGAAGGAUACAGUUCCCUCUUUCUGACCAAAACAUCCAUUUUGUACCAAAAGAUGAAAAUCAUCCCAAUGUGCCACAAGUCCGACCAAUCGGCAAUUUUGGGUGUUUUUUUUUUUUCAAGUCCAAGGUGACGGCGGUUGGACAGCGAAAACAGGGCAUCAGCUGAAGUUGCGUAUCCGGAAUUGUUUAAGAGAAUUUGAGUGGACAGUGGUUCAGGACAUGAUGUCUACUAUUAACACAAAGAUCCGAAAAGCUGCUGACACAUCACCUAUUAUGCUUUUGUAAUUUUCUUGUGUGGAAAAACUAAAUUGUUGAACAUUCCAACAGUGCUAUAGUGUCUUGAUAUCAGCUUACUGUUUCACCUUAGGCUUACGAAGUUUCUCCACUUUUUUAGUCACCACCAAACAAAAACAGCGAGUUAACCAGGUAUACGCUAAUCAAGUUUUUAAAAACCGGCUCCAACAAUCAAAGUAAAAAUUGAACGAGUGACUUGUGGUAGAAAGGUUACUCAAGAACUUUUCUAUCUUUAAAUUGGUGGUGGACACUAGGGGGGACCAGGGGGCACCCGAGCCAACCCCACCCCCACAAUAAAAGACUGUAAAAAUCUUGUACCAAGAAACACAAAUCACACCCAUAUUAUAACCUAUAUUAAUUCUCAUACUAAAUAAUGACUAUUUGUGUUUUUAUGUUAACGAAACAAAAGCGUGCUCAAGGAAUAAAUUUCACUCACUUAGCAAAUAAAUGUUUACAUUGUCAUUGGCGUGUUAAAUUAAAUCACCUUGUAAUUCCAUUCAGAAAUGUAAAUAAUUAUGUAAAUAUUUUCUCUGAAAUGUUGGUUUUGUAUUCUUUGCAUGCAUGUGAUAUAUAACAAAAUGCACCAUUACAAAAGUGUUUUGAAAACCAAGAAUUUUUUUUCAAAAUGUGUUCUUAGAAUGCUGCAAAUGCCAUUUCCAAGAUCCAAAUUUAAAUAUUUUCGGGGGGGGGGCAUACCCUACACAAUUCUUUUGCCUUCGGCAAUAUUUCAUGAAGUGUCCUUCCCAAAUAUUUCAUAAAGUGUCCACCACCCCUUUAACUCAUCCUUAUUACAUUUGUUAUCGUUUGUACGGAUUCUAUUUAUUAGGAUACGAUGGAUUUCUGAUCCACUACGGAACGGGUUCCCGAUCAAAUAAAUUUGCAGUGCAUUGUUGUUUACGGCUGUUUUUCACGCCGUAAUGUGUUUUUAUUUGUCAUGUAUUUUCAUAUUAUACUCUUGUGUCAAAACGCCUACAAUUGAUUCCGUAUUUACUUGAUUAAUAAGUGAUUUAAUUAUUCACUACAAUUCAAAUUUUUCUGAUUUAAAAUGUGUCUUUCACUGAGAGAUAGAAGCAGUGUUAAAAUGGUCAGGCCAAAAAAAAAAUAUAUGGGUUUCCGGUUUCCCGACCCUACCUAUCUUUUGGACGUCGAAAUCCCGACCCUAAACUUUUCUAUUGGAUCGUGCUUGUAAGUGUUUCCACUUAGAGGAAAAAGUUUGUGGAAAAUUGAAAUUUGAGGAAAUAUUAGGGAAAUUUAUCUUUGGAUGUGGAAGCACUGACUAAACAAAAUGGCGUUCGCUUAUUCGGAAAAUUAAAAAAAAAAGUUUAAAAAAAAAAGUUAAAACCGACCUACCCUACCUAAGUUUUUAUAAGAAACCGGAAACCCACAUGUUUUUUUUUGUUGAAUCGCGCCCAGUAUCUCGGCUUUACGAGAUAAAGAAAACCUUGUUAACAAUUUGUGAAAGAAGUGUUUAACGGGUAGAAAAAAUGAACGCCCAGUCAUUAUUUAUUUAGCUUUGCGAGGUCACCACAACAGCAUAUGCAUGUCAACUACUGUGGGCCCUUUUUACCUAACCCACCCUGUCAACUUUCCCAGUGGAAGCAAAUCGGAGUACCCGGAGAAAGCCCACGACUAUCUGCAGAGCGUUGACUUUUUACUCUUUUCACAUGAGGACUGGGUUCGAGUCGCAUUGAGAAAGUUACCACUGAGGCUUGAACCUUCGAUAUGAAAGGCCUUAGAUAUGAAAGGCAAGUGCGCUAACCACUUCGCAUCAUUUCAUAUUCUAGAAAUCAUUGUUUAACUAUCGAGAUGUCAUGUACUGUAAUAGACAAACUAGAAGAAAUUAACGGUCUUUGCAUUAAAACAGCAAUACAACAAGUGAUAUCUUACUGUGAAGACCUCUCUCUGUUUUAUUUUAAUAGUAAUUGUAUACUGUACUUCAUGAGUUUAACAAUUAACACUUACAGCAUUGACUGAGACCGAGAGAAACAUACUAUUUCCCAAAAGUCCUAGUCAAUAAAUAUUUUAUUAUACAGCAAGUGCCUGACGUGAGAAAAACAAGAAAAAAAUCCAGAAACGAGAAAGUUAUACAUAAUUAUUGCUAGACGAUUUUAAUUAUCAGUAGUGCAUGAAUGUAUUCUCCAUCUAUCAGACUUUUUGCCACUGGCAUUUAAUGACUUUCAAUCUUUCAUAUGAUACGCUCUUGUCCGAUGAGAUGCAAGAUAAUAUGGACUUUGACAUUUUGUAUAUAUAAUAAAUUAUUUGUUCCCUAAUGUAGCGUCGCAAAGUGAAACGAGAUAUGAAAUUGACUACGAAACUGAAUAACUAAUGAUAUCAUUUCUUCAAUGUGUAGAAAAUUAUAAAGUUUUUGGAGGAUAAAGGCUUGGUUGGCUGGACGUUUCCAUUCAAAGAGGAGUCUGACGGGGUGAGAUAAAAUUGCUUAACCACUCAAUUUUGUAGUUACAACAGGCAUAUUCGUAGAACAGUUCAAUUUUCACCUAUAAAUAGAAUUAACUUGUACUGUUAGAAAGACCUGGAAAAUAGUGAGCGCGGCUAGAACAUCCAUUUGGAUAAACCACUGGUUAACCCACUCAUUCAUUGCUUAACCACUUCCGAAAUGUCAAACGCUCUAGUCCUGCUGCAAUUUUCUACUGGUCGCAAUCGGUUCUGGUAUUUCAAUUGCUGAUACGAAAUAAGGACUGGAUAAAGCAUACUAUUGAAUUCAGUAAUCCGAUUUUGAAGCCAGAAUAUUUGAAUGAGAUGAGAUUUAUAAAUCAUGACCAGUCUAAUCGUUUGCUGUUUAAGUUCAGUUAGACUACAUAUAAAAGCAUUAGAGAGGCUACUGAUUAUGAAGUCAGUAGCCUCAUAGAGAGGCCACUGAUGAUCAAUUCGUAUCUAGAUAAUAUUUGUCCUUUCCCACUAGUGACUAGAAACAUAAAGGAAGUCGGAGUUAAACAUGUCCACAAGACCAGACUAGAUUUAUGGUGGGGCCAUCCAAUAUGGCUUCCAUUGGCUUCACUUAUGCACAGCAGAUGCGCUAUCCAGUCCUUGAAUUUCAAAUCCGUGAUUUCAAUACAGAUCUGAUAUCAACAAUUUGAUGUUUCGAAUUGAAAAUUCAAUGCCUGGUUCCAGGUCUUGAAUUUGACAUUCCAGACUGGAAGACACGCACAAUACUAUAUGAGAGAAAUUAAAGGCGAAAUGACUUCACCAAACUGAAUUAUAUAUAACACGUCCAAAUUUAGACUACGUUCACACUAUGCCGAAGCAGUUUGAAAACGGCGCAGAUAAGUCAGAAUUUGCCGUCGCGUUCACACUACGUUGGAGCGAAAUUAUUUGAAAACCUCACUUUUGCCAUAACUAUUUGAGCACGGUUUCUAUAUAAAUGGACAAGAUGAAAACGGACAAGAUGAAAACGGACAGGAUGAAAACGGAACGAUUGGCGGUUUCGUGUGAACACAAAUUCCACUACUUUUUUGUACAGCUUUGCAAAACAAAACUGUUAAAUCGAAAUCCUUUGAAAUCAAAUUUCUUUGCUUUAAUUGAAAUAUUUGAACGUCGUUCGUUUACGUUUCCUAAUUAUUUAGAGAAAUUUUAAGUGUAUUUUGUUAUCAUAGUGUAAAAAGACUUGUAAUUAACGCCUUUUGUUGUUUGUAAUGUCUGCUAUUCUUGUCUUAGGCCUAAUUAACGUAGUUUUGUAAAUUUUAGUGAGUUCGAUCAAUUAAAGCUUAUAUUAUUACCGUAAAACCCUAGACACUGUAGUGAUUUCCUUUCUCUUUUCCUCAUGCAUGUAUUAAUGAGUUUUUGAAAUAUAAGUAAUUAAUUAAUUUGCAUUUUUAUUUCAGAUUACCACAGUAAAAGGUAAGUUAUUUUGGACUUGUUAGCAAUAGGGUCUGUUUACAUGCCGGUUUGCUGGGACGAUAUCGAAGGCAUCGUGAUUUUGGUGCAUUGAAGUAAAUUCACUGGGAACUUAAAUGUUGUCGAGAUGAUCUCGUACUUCAAGAAGAUUAUUAUUGCUGCUUAAACAACCGUUCGUUUCUUAUUUUUCUGUAUAUCACUGAAAAUAAUGUAAUUUUUCUGAAUCGUGCACCGUAACAUAUUUCAAUACGUCAAAUUCACCCCGCCGCGCAUCUUGUCCCAGUAAAACGGGAUCAUGCGUAAACAGCUCUUUAAACAUGCAAAGUGCUUAUGGCUUUUUUACUCCUUGUCAAUGCAUACAUCAUUAUAUUGCUAUGAUGCAUUUUAGAUGAAGAACCGUUUUCUGACACAACGAAACUUUCUCAUGCGGAACUUACUCGAUUGGGUGGAAGGAUCGUCCCAAAAUGGAAAGAAAUUGCGGGAUAUGCUAACUUGGAUGUAGGUGAAGUAGAAAACGUCGACCGAAAUAACGUUAAAUACCUAGAGCCAAAGGAAAAGGCCAGCCAAAUUUUAGCUAUGAUCAGCAACAAACACGACUUCAGCCGCAAAGAACUUGGAAGUCAUUUAGAUGAGGCAAAAUUAUGUAGCCUGGUGGAUCUAGUACUAAAGGGAACAUUACGACAUCCUCCCGAUGACGACGCCGGUUCGUCAAUUACUUCACCAAAUGAAUCUAUCGAAAGUUAGAUUGUUUUCGGUAGAUGUUUUAAUAAUGCAAUAGUGAUUUAAGGAUGCAAUAGUGAUUUGAACCCUACAUGCACUUGAUUAGAAAACAGAACAUUUUCUACAUCUGCAUGUAUAUGAAUUUCCGCAUGCAGCUGUUGUUAGUUUAGAAAUGAAGAACAUCUGACACGUAGAAAACAAUAACUAAGGAGUUCAGAAUUUUUAGAAAUUUAAUCCCAAAUAUCCAUACAGCUGAUAUUUUAGAUUUAAUGUAAUUUAGCUUAAAAUUCAGGUCGGUGUUCCCCCAUUUUAUAUUAAAAAAUGUUUUCGUUUAGUAAUCCGAAUUAUUUUCGUGUUUUCAAAAGAAUUUCUGCGAUGCCAAAAAAAUAUUUCAAAUUAUCACAAAGAUUGGCUCAGGAAGGCAAAAUUAAUUUGUAAGCAGUUAUUCAAUAAUGGAGCACUGAUCAAAAUUUAUUUAUUUCUUAUAUAUUUAUUAAUUACAAUACCCUGGUUCCGCAGGCUCUUCGCGAGGCGAAAUAAACGAGACGCGAGAACGGAGAGCCUCUGGUCACAUCGGUUGCAAAUCCCACUUGCACACUUGAUUAGGUUCAGAAUUUGAAUAUCGCAUGUGAGUGGCCAUUUGUAAAAAUAUGUCACACCGGUUUGAGAAAACACAUUACUGUAAGCUAAUUAUAGCUAUAAAAGCUACAAUUAGCUUGUUUAUUUUCCAAACCGGUUUGACAUAUUUUUACAAAUUGCUGAUCACAUGCGAGAUUCAAAUUCUGAACGUAAUCAAGGAUCUUGUCUAUAAAAGUACACACGAGUGACCACGAAUGACCACGAGUAAUUUCUGUGUUUAAAAAUCAUAAAAUAAUAAAAACUAUUUUAAGGUGGCUCCCUGAGGUUAUUGCAUUAUACUGCACUAUAGUAUCCAGAAAACGCCUGUUUCUUCACUUUAUAUAACAUGAAGACGAAAUUUAUUGGACACAUUGACAAUGCUCUCCUGAACAUUGCAAUGUGCUACUUUUGUGCCGAAGUCCGCUACCAUGGCAACACCGUGCUUAGGAUAAGGCUCAAAUUUUUUUAGUUUUCACGUCAGUCUACAGGAACGUAGCAAAGCAUCUGAAGUUGGGGGGGGGGGGUUGUCGGAGGAUUUUUGAAUUUUUAAUUAAUAAAUAUUUACCUAAAGUGUAAUAAUUAUAAAAAAGCUUUUUGUGAUUGACUUGCACUAUCAUACUAAGUUUCGG